AUCAGUGCUAACUAAAAGCAUUAUAGGUGAAUGCCAAAUGUUAAGAUAUAGUAAAAAUGGUCAAAAGGACCGUUUUAGUGCCUCCAGAUGGGGGUUAUGGCUGGGCCAUUGUGUUUGCAGGAGGUUUAAAUAACUUCAUCAUGAUCCCUUUGAUGCAAACCUUUGGACUAGUCUUCAAAGAUAUAUUUCCAAAAAUGGGGCUAACAGCCACUCAGGGAUCUCUCAUAUUAAACGUAAAUGCUGCAUUUGGAAUGUUGGCCGGAUUUCUUAAUGGUCCGUUACUAAACAGCUACGGUUGUCGUAAGGUGGCCAUUGUGGGGUCACUUAUAGCCUCUGGUGGAAUCAUCUGUACAUCUAUGGCAAAUUCCUUUUGGUCCCUUAUGAUAAUUUACGGCUUAAUUGCUUCCUUUGGAUUAAGGAUUGCACAGUCGGCCUUCAAUCUAUCGGUAAACAUGUAUUUCAGAGAACGUAAAACAAAAGCCAUAGGAAUUAUGAUAAGUCUGACUGGAUUUGGUCCUAUUUUUAUGCCACAGAUCACCAAUUUAUUGAUGAAAUCUCAGGCUCCGGAAGGUGUAAUAUUAAUUAUGGGUGGGAUUUGUUUGAAUUGUUUGGUUGCUGCAUUUCUUUUACAACCAGUUGAGUGGCAUAUGAAGGAAGUGGAAGAAGAUGUUGAAGAGGAGGAAGAAUCACAUAUAAUUAACAAAAGAAAUCACAACACAGUUUUGGAGAAUUUGGAAGAAGUGGAUGAAGAUGUAGAAAAUGUUGAAAUACAAAUAGAGACAAAUAACAGUAACAACAACAACAACAUAGCUUUAAAUAAUUUAGAAGAAGUUGAUGAAGAUACUGAUAAUCUUGAUGUUAAACGACAACCAUUAUUAAGGCAAAAUUCAAAAAUAAGCCAGAGAGGAAUGUCAAAGAUGGCUUUAAAUCAGUCCACAUACACCCUAGAUUAUGAUCAAGAAAGUACUGCUAUGUUUGGGUAUGAAAAUAGUAUGGGAGGAAGUGUUAUGUCACUAAAUACUAUUGGCAGAAGACAAUCAGUGAAUGCAGCUGAAAAAUCCAGUAAUAAUGAUGAUAUUACAGAAGAUAAACCAUCAAGAUUAAAAAGAAUAAUGACUUACAUCUCUACCAUAUUCGAUUUCCAACUUUUCAAGGAUGCGAUAUAUGUAAAUAUCAUGUUGGGAAUGUCUUUUGCCCUGUUCUCCGAAAUGAACUUUGCAAAUUUAACAGCGUUCAUUUUGACGGAUUAUGAUAUGGAUACAACACAAAUUGCCACAUUUAUGUCAGUGUUCGGAAUAGCGGAUGUUAUUUUCCGGUUUAUAGCACCGUAUGUGGGAGAAUAUUUGAAACAGAAACCAAGAAAAAUGUUCCUAUAUUCGUUGUUUGCCAGUUUCGCUUUUAGAGCAGCAUUCAUGGAGGCUAGUUACUAUUAUUUACUGGGAAUAGCAGUUUGUUUGGGCAUCACCAGAGGUUUCAGAAGUGUUUAUUUAAACCUCAUCAUUCCUUACCAUGUACCUAUAGAACGGUUAGCUUCAGCAUCAGGAAUUCAGCUUAUGGUUAACGGUCUUGUUAUAAUCGUUGGCGGACCUAUUUGUGGUAUUCUUCGUGACAAAACUGGCAACUAUGAGUGGGUUUUGAUAUUUAUGAAUGUAUUGACUCUAGCCACAAUUAUUAUGUGGUCUUCAGAAUUUUUGUAUAAGAGAUUUAGAGGAAAAACUUCCUAGAUAAAAGGGUGCCAUAUAUAAACUAUAUUUAUUAUAUAUUUUCGGUGACCUUCU